AUGGCUACCAUGAAGGCUCUCGUGUAUCGCAACAAGGGGGAUUUCGGUUUGGAGCAGAAACCCAAGCCCAAAACCAUCGCCUCGGACGACGCCGUCGUUAAACUCGUCAAGACGACCAUCUGCGGUACCGACCUGCACAUUCUCAAGGGCGAUGUCCCCACCGUGCAGCCGGGCCGUAUUCUCGGACACGAAGGGCUUGGUGUAGUCGAGUCUGUCGGCUCUGGCGUGACGGCGUACAAGCCCGGCGACCGCGUCAUCAUAUCGUGUGUUACAGCGUGCGGGACGUGCCGCAAUUGCCGGCGGGCUAUGCCUUCGCACUGCAGCACGGGCGGCUGGAUCCUCGGCAACACGAUCGACGGCACCCAGGCCGAGUUCGUACGGAUUCCGCAUGCGAACUCGAGUCUCCAUCCUGUGCCCAAGGGCGUCGACGAGGACGCGCUCGUCAUGAUCAGCGACAUCCUCCCCACCGCGCUGGAGUGCGGCACUCUUAACGGCAAGGUCGCCCCCGGUAGUAUUGUCGCGAUUGUCGGCGCAGGGCCCAUUGGUCUUUCCGCGCUUAUCACUGCGCAGCUGUACUCACCCUCUAAGGUCAUCAUGAUCGACCUCGACCAGAAUCGCCUCGACGUCGCGCUCAAGCUUGGCGCAACGCACGCGGUUGUGUCGGGCCCGGACGCGGUGAAGAAUGUGAUGGAGAUCACGAACGGUGAAGGUGUCGACUCUGCGAUUGAGGCUGUCGGUGUUGCGCCGACGUUCGAGCUGUGCCAGGAGAUCAUAGGUGUUGGAGGCACCAUCGCCAAUAUCGGCGUGCACGGCGGCAAGGCGGAUCUCCACUUGGAGAAGCUGUGGGACCGCAACAUCGCUAUCACCACGCGUCUGGUCGACACCGUGACCUCGCCCAUGCUGAUCAAGCUCCUCGAAUCCGGGAAGCUGGACGGGAAGGUGCUGACCACGCACACGUUCAAGUUUGGCAACAUCGACUCGGCUUACUCGUCGUUCGCCGCUGCCGCCACCAACAAAGCGCUGAAAGUCAUCAUCAACUUUGACUAA